AUGGCGUCUCUUCGACACUCUGCUUCGGUCGCUUCGACCGUGUGCAGACAGAGCGCCAAGUCCCGUCUUACCCAGUCCGUGGCUUCCGUGCAGACAUCUAACCUGUCCAUAUUUACACGGCCUGCAUCUUCCUCUCUCCGCUCAUCUACCUCCAACUCCCUUUGUACCCAUCAGAAGCGCACGUUCCUGACGUACCUCAACCGCCAAGCUCAAGCGCUUAAAGAGCAACCUAUCUCCUCCUCAACCCCAUUCCCUCAGCAAACCACACGAGCCCCGGCACCUCUCCAACUCAACAACCUCCCCUACUUCAUCCGUCGUACCGGCUCCAACCAGCUGCCCGUCUACCUUGUCACAAAAGCCGGUGGCACAAAGCAGCUUACAAAGAUUCAAAAGACCGAGGGUGAUCUAGAUGCGUUGCGCGAGGACCUCGCACGGUCCCUGGGUGUUGACCUUCGGAGCUCAGAUGUGAGCAUUAACCGGCUGACUGGUCAUAUCAUUGUCAAGGGCUGGCGCAAAAACGAAAUCCUGAAGUUCUUGAAGGAGCGAAACUUCUAA